AUGGAGCUACUACUACUCUCUGACGAAGUUUUGGCCGUCGUGGUGCCCAUCGUGGUAUAUUGGGCGUAUUGUGGCCUGCAUGCAAUGCUUGGGCAGUCUAGGUAUCUGACCAAAUACAGGCUGCAUCCAAGCAGCCAUGAAGACAGCAAGAACCAUGUGUCGAAGCGACAAGUCAUCAGCAACGUCCUCACUCUGCAGAUCGUGCAGGUUGCCACGGUGACCAUGGUGAUGACGAUGUUCAAGGGCGCCAGUAGUAGUGCAAAAACAACCUCGUAUCUGAAGUUUGCCAGCCAAAUCUUAGUGGGCAUGGUCUGGUUCGACUUGUGGCAGUUCGGGACGCAUCGAAUCCUGCACGCCAACAGGUUCCUCUACCGGAACCUCCACUCAUGGCACCACCGUCUCGUGGUUACCUACUCCUUCGGAGCUCUAUACGGACAUCCCCUCGAGAGCUUCGUCACUGACACCGUUGGUGGCACGACUGCCUUCCUGGUGUCCGGCAUGUCGCCGAGGGCUUCCAUCUUCUUCUUCUCGCUCUGCACCGUCAAGGUCAUCGACAACCACUGCGGCAUGUCGUUGUUGCCCAGCUGGGAUCGCAUCAGCAUCUUUAACAACGCGGCGUACCACGACGUGCACCACCAGCUACGUGGUGGCAACUGCAACUACUCUCAACUCUUCUUCGUGGUGUGGGAUAGGAUUUUUGGUACCUACAUGCCCUUCCUCAUCGAGGAGGACAAACAAGGAAUGCUCCAUGUCCGGGCACCUGGUCUUGACUACAGGAGACCGAGCAACAAGCUGCAGUAAGCAGCUAUCUAUUCUCUCAUACAUGUAUUUGUAGUAUCUCAAGAUCAAGUGUAUACGACCG